AUUGAAACUUAUACUGGAUUCUCCACAGAAUUCGAUUUGCUCCCAAAACCAUCACCCCACAAAUAACUCCCUCCCCCUAAAACCCCGCACUCACAACAAACACAACACCACCACCCAACAAAAUGAAAACCAACAUUCUCAUGCAUCCUCACUAGCUCAUAUCCACCCCCAUCUCUCUCUCUCUCCUCCUACCACCUCCGUCGUCCCCGCAGCGGACGGCGGCAGAGGCGGCCCUAAGCUGAAGCUUGUGUCUCGACUGCUGUACGCCUCCAAACAUAUUUGAAUUUCAGGGGCCGCUUCUAAUUUCAAACCCUUAUAAAAGUCCAGAGCAAAAAGGUCUCGUUUUUAGUUUUUAUGCUUUGAGCUCCAGAAAAGGCAGGGCCGAUUCUGGACGAUGGCGAUGGGAAGCCUCACCCCCUCCACCAACUCCACCAUCACAACCACCUCAUCAUCAUCAUCAACGACAACGGCGACAACGUCUCCUUUCCAUCUCCUCGAAAUCACCAUCAUAUCUGCCCAAGACCUCGCCCCGGUCUCCAAAUCGAUGCGGACCUACGCGGUGGUGUGGGUCCAACCGGAACGGAAACUGACCACCCGCGUCGACCACCGCGGGGGCCACGCCAACCCCACCUGGAACGACAAGUUCAUGUUCCGUAUUGAUGAGGAUUUCCUGAAUUCUGAUACCUCGGCCGUCAUGGUCGAGAUCUACACUGUCUCGUGGUUUCGGGAUAACCUUGUUGGAAACGUCAAGGUUUUGAUAAGCAACCUUAUCCCUCCGUUUGCUAGGGUUCAUAACAAUUUCAGCACCCGGUUCGUUGCACUUCAGGUUCGGCGUGCUUCGGGUAGCCCCCAGGGAAUUCUCAACAUGGCGGUUUCCCUACUCGACAGCUCCAUGCGAAGCAUGCCCAUUUACAAGCAACCCAACGCCGACGGAAGCCGCCACGAUCAAGUAAACACCAAAAUCCAGCUCUGGCGAUCCCGCAGCGAGAAAUCCGACCUCAACUUCGAUGACUUCUACCCGCCCAAAGGCGGCUCCAUCUGCAACGCCGGCUCCAUCGUAAACGGCUCGAUCGUCAACGACUCCGAGCUCUGCUCCGACGUGGGCCCCUCGGCGUCGAUCGUGGCGGCGGCGAUAGCCAAGGGGCUCUACCCGCCGCCGCCGCCGACGACGGCGGAGCAGAAAGGGGUGGUCCUGGCGGCGGAGGCAGAGGAGCGGGGGAGCUCGAUACUGGAGGACUUGACGGUGGAAGAAGCGAGGGCGAAGGGUUACAAGUCGAGGAGGGCGGCGGCGGAGUUGCCUACGGCGGCGGAUCAGAGUUUCGAGAAGUCGGACAGCUUGCGGCAUUCGCGGCGGCACUCCGAUGGCGGGCCCGGGUUGUUCUCUUGCUUCGCUUAUGGGUUUGAGUUCACCAUUGUGUGCGGUUCAAAGAAUGAGGGAAGGAACAACAAGAACAACGGCAUUGAUAAUAAACCCAUGAUUAAGCGUAGCCCUUCUCAUCAAAACCUUAGCUUGUGAGAUUCGUUCCAGUUUUUCUUUCGGGGGUUAGGUUUUCCGCAGGUUUUUUUCUUCUUCUUCUUUCUUUCGGGGUUGUCUAUUACUAUUCUCCAUGUGUAAGGAUUUCGAGCAACAAUUUAAUUGAAUAUAUUUUGUGAUUUUGUUGAGGU